GAUAAAAAUUGCUCAAUUUCAUUGACCAUCUAUAAACCAAAUGAUGUCCCCUGUUGUGGUAGUACGGCUUUAAGAGGCUUGUGUCUGUCCACGCGACGCAGUUUACACACAAGCAGCAAGGUCCCACAUCCUGGUACUUUUCAACGUUGUCAAGGAAGGCAUCGAUAGAGAGAAAAGGCUCGAGGGAAGUAGCUGCAGUGUCCUGACAGUAUAUCUGUCCAAACGUUCACAAACUGUCCCGGAAAGUUAGGUGUAACUACCAGGACCAUUUGUUGUCUGUUAAUGUCAAGAUGUGGCGGGUGACCACCAGAGAUGGGAGACGGACAUAACAAGACCUAUAGAAUGUUAUUCAAUAGCAUAUGGCAAUGUAGGCUAAAGGCUGACAGCAUCCAUAUCAGGUGAACAUUGGACGAAGGAGAGUGGGAUGAGUGAAGAUUCUGCAGCCAGCACAGUUUGGUGAAGAGCACGAGAGGUGACCAAUCAGAAACUAGCAUGCCAACCACCAAGGGAACUGGAGGGGCUGGCAGCCCACGGGGUCAGCGCUACCGUCCAGCCUCAGAGUUCGACGAUGCCACACUUGCCCAAAAGAGAGAGUACUGGAAGACUAAGAAACGAGAGCAGAGGGCCAAGCUGUCAGAGGUCAAGAGGGAAAAAGAUACAAACAGAGUAUGUAACUCCUUGGGCAGAAAUGCAGUCCAUAAGACCCUAACCUCUAUGGUGUUGAAUCCCAGUGCCUCUUGUUCAAUGGCAGGGUCUGCCCCCACUUUGUUGAAUAGCGAUGGUUCCUACCAAACCAAUGUCGAUGGUGCACCUGUAGUUUUAUUAAAGGGAAAGGGUUCUGCUAUCUCCUAUCAUCUGAACCAUAGUGUUGGGGAAGAGGACCAAAACUCUUCCUCAGCAAACCAAAAGGAGAAGUGGUUCCAGAGGAUAAAACUUGACAAAGUCUUGCCUCAGUUCCCAACGUCCAGUACAGGUCCAGGAGAAGGUGCGAUGGUCUGCAAGAUGUCGGUGAAAAGUUCCCCAACAGGGGGCACUGUGAUCGAAACGGUUACCUCAGCCAAACCCAACGGAGUGCUGCUCAACAGUGGCUCCUCCUUGCCUCUGGGAAGAGUGGCAGUGAGACCCUCAGGUUCUGCACCUCGCCAACCACAGAGCGGAAUGACUAUUCUGAAUGGCAGCUCUCCUGUAGUGUCAACACAGAAGCAUCUGGCCACCCAGAGUGUAUCAAGGCCUGAUGCGUUAACUGAGACCCAAGUUACCGUGCGUGUUCAGCCUGGACCGCUAACUGCUAACAUUACCUCAGGGUUGCCCAUCGUGACCAAUCAGCCUGCCCCUGUCCUCAUUCACAAACCAGAGGGUAGGCCUAUAGGGAUGAAAGUAACACAACUAGGUGGGACAAAGCGUGACCCGGUCACAGGCCAAGAAGUUAGUUGUAUCAACGACACAUCAGCUACAAUGGAGACUGCGGAGGACAAAGCCGCCAAGCGCAGAGAGAAUUGGCGCAUCAAGAAGCGAGAACAGAGAGCGAAGCAGGCGGUUAGGUUAAUGAAGGCUAGAGAGAGAAUCACGAACAUGGAGAUAACGUUGCAAAAAGCUGGACCCAACGUGGUCAUUGAACGUCCUCCGUCUACUUUGAGUGGACAGGGCCAUAGGCAGUGUAUUAAUAGAGUCAGGGUCCCGUUCAUCUCAGCCGGACGCCUGCUGAAGAACGCCAGAGCAGUGGCUAGCGUUGUAGUCAAAAGGGAGUCUGAGGAUUCAGUCCUGGCUAAGCUAACUGCAGUCAACGCUAAUCAACAGACUGUUCAGGUAAAAGUAGAGAAUCCGCAGGACGCUGAACCAACGAUGCAGACUGGCAUGGCAUCGAAUGUCAUUGGUUUUAAACCUGCAGGGGAACCAAGCAGAAGGCUCCCUGGUCCAGGGCAGUUUGCCAACACUAGCCAAGGUAUGGUCCGUUGUAGGACUCCGAGACAGAGGUUCAUUGAAAUCCAAAGGAAUUUCCUGGGUCAGAGAAACAUGAGAAAGUCCCCCUGUCAUGCUACAGCCUUCAAAACCUGCAACGCACUCCGAGAGGACCCAACGGAGACACCCGAGCAGAGGGUGUCCCGGAAGCGGGAAUACUGGCGUGUCAAGAAGCGGGAACAGCGAGCUAAGCUGUCAGUGGAAGUCCGAGCUAAGAUGAAGGAGAAGGAUGCUCUGAUGCGAAGAGUCAACCGGUACCAGAGCAUAUUGGAGGAUAUGAGGAAGGCGAGAGCGGCGGGCUGCAACACACUGCCACAACCAACAGGAAAUGGGCCUACCCACACCAGCGCCUCAGAGACCAUCGGAGGGUUCAUCAAGGAGGACGGUACAUUGACCAAUACCAUUCCCCAAAUUUAUCUCAUUACAGAAGCAAAAGAGACAGGGGAUGAAAUUGGUGGCAUCGGUGGGAUGCCUGUUAAUAAUUCAUUUACGAACACUAACAUACAGCGCCAACACCAACUGCUUCCCAAACACACUGGUGAUACAUAUAGUAAUAUGGUACAUCAAAUACGGGUCAACCCACCACCUCUAAUCCGUCCUGCUCAAGUUAAUGUCUCCUGUCCUCCCAUCGGCCUAUCAAUCAGAAAGCCUCCCAGGUUAGUUUCAGGCAGCCCCCCGAAAAACCUCCCUAAUCCACACACAGUCGUCCAGCCCCAGAGUCGUAUCACCCUCACACACCCUCAAAACAUUCAAAACACCUUUCCUGGUUUGCCUACAGCGAUACCGAAGCCGGCUAGCUGGGUCAUGCAGAUGGCUGUCAAAGCUUCUACAGCAUCAGCAGCGCUCAACUUGGACCCAAAGCUAACAGAGGAGGAAAAGAUGGCUAAGAAGAGAGAGUACUGGAGGGUAAAGAAACGAGAGCAAAGGGCGGCACGCGCCACCCGACUAAGGCAAGGAGUUCAAGCUAGGGGAAAGACUGCCUCACAGAAGAGGCGGAACCAAAGGUUAGCACGAUUAGCUGUCGCCAUUCCCAAUGUCAACAACACACUGACUAUCAAGCCUCUCUCAAACACCAGUGUGUCCACGUCUCCACAGGGAGACCAAAUCAAACAAGAGAGAGGAUCAACCUCAACAGACGCUCCAUGUCCUCUACUGGAACAACCCCUCUGUGUUGAUAUCAAACCGUCCCGGUGUUCACCGCCACCACAGAACGAGCCACCAGACCCAGCCUCGAGUGCUGACAGCCAGGCCACCACUCUCUUGGUGGUGGCUUCUAUGAAGAAGCUGCUGGAGGAAUCCCUCAGCACUGUGGCUGACUGGAAAACGGAACAGCCAGACUGUAUUACAGAACAGCUGCCUUGUAAAAGUGAUCCUCAGACAUGUUCUUACAAGGAUGCUUCCGUCCAGAUGGAGGUCAAGCCAAAUCUACCUCUGCUCACCCUGGAAGAUGAGGAGAAGGUCUCCCUAUCUGGUGACCUAUCGUUGGAGGUCAAAGGAUGGAAGGUGGAUGCUGACGCCCUGCCAUCCUGCCAGGUAACCAUUUGCCCAUUGAGCCCUCAUCCUAAGGACUCUCCCAUGUCAAGUCCUUGCACUGAAAGUCUGUCUUUCCCAGCUCCCCCUCCCUCUGAAACCCCCUCUCACACACCCACACACUCUUGGUCCCACACGGCAGCUUCCAGAGGACCACCCCUCCCUCGCAGAGCCCAGAGGCUGCGUGCCAAAAAAGCAGGACACCACCACUGCUGCUCCCCAGAACCCCCAAAGCUACACCAUCAGCCUCAACUACAACAACAACCACCUCAUCAACAACAUGAAAAUCAACAUCGACAUCAACCACCUCAUCAACAACCUCAAAAUCAACAACAACUUCAGCAACAUCAGCACGCCCCAGAGGUGACAGGCCAGAAUGUGACUCUGGAGAAGAAGAGGGAGUACUGGAGGAUGAUAAAGAGGCAGCAGAGAGCUAGGACUGCCAGGCAGGGAGGAGGGGGGCUGAGACGGGGGGACUACGGCAGACGACUGGCCCUCAAAGCAGCACAGGUUUCGAAUCUCCUCAUUGUGAAGACACACACACAGAGGCCAGUGCAGAGAAGCGGAAGCUUCGGUCUACACACAGCACCAUUGCUCGAACUGCAGUCCCCCCCACUUCCCCAGCCUAUAUCUCCCCCUGCUUCUGGACCCAAGGCUAGCCUCGGCAUGGUCACCAACAUCCCUACACUUCUGGUUGUAGACCCCACCACCUCCAACAUGGGACAGCCAUAUGAUACAACCCAGCUCAACCCUCCUGUCAACUGUACCAGCAUCUCCAAUUCACCCAUUGGUCACACAGGGUCCCCACAGACAUCUCAUAGCUUCAGUACCGUGUCUCUCCCUAUAGGAGGUGGUGUCACUGUCCCCCCAUUGAGUGAGGGGAAGAAAGACGGGCUGUUAUUGGUGGAGAACCAACAGGAAGCGGCCCCAGGAUCCAGCGCUGACUCGCCCCACGUUCUAAAAUGGAGACUGCGAGUGCAGGAAACCUCAGACACCGAUACCUCACCCAUCGCUACUCUCACACCUCCUCCCAACCCUUUGACUAGCAUAAAACUCUUACCCAUUCAGCAUCCCAGUCAAACAUCCUCUUUCACCCCAACACAGACUCCUUUCAAAUAUCAAGGUGCUCAGAUUUCUCAAAGUGGGAAUGUACAAAAUGUACGAUCGCCUACAUUACAGGGGCUCACCAAAAGCCCUAUCUACAUAAGCCCAAUGGGUCCGCCCAAGCCAGUGCCGGGGGAGUCGGAAGAGGAGACUCUGAGGAAGAAGAGGGAGUACUGGAGGGUGAGGAAGAAGGAGCAGAGAGCCAGGAAAGCAAUGAGAGAUGGGGAUAUGACAGAGAAGAGGCCCUCGGUCAACUGGCAGCCCAUCCUUCCUAACACUCAUCAUCCUCAACAGCUGCUUGAGGAGAUGGAGACACAGGAACAGGAUCCUAACCGGUGGUUCAACACCUCCGAGGACUCUGAACUACUUCUGAGUACUUCCACAGAGACAGACAUGUGCUACUUUCCUGACUUUGGCCAAACUGAACCUUUAGAAGACGAAUCAGAGCUCCUUUUCCUACACGACGAUCUUGGCGACAACUACGACGGCGCCAUCUCGGAUGCUGUAUGGAGGAAUCGCUACCUCAUGGACUACGACCCGCUGAACCAGCUGCUGGUGUGCAUGGUGUGCGGGGAGCUCCAGUACUCCCACAGCCUGGAGGGGGUGAGGGCCCACAUCGACGAGGCCCACCCAGAUACCCUGAGCCUGGAGUCCCCGGAGCACCUUCGCAUCCUAGAGGCCUGGGACGAGCAGGUGUCCAGGAGAGAACGCUUCUUCACCAGCCAGCUGCAGCAACACAGUGGGACGAUGGGAGGGGACAGUGCCAACCACCCAGCAGAAGUAACGGUUGAUACAGAGGACUCAUCAUACCCGACGAACAGCAAAAGCUCUAGAACGAUUAAAAGACUCUGAGGGCUAAGGUGAGCAUUUGAGCCUUCAUAACUGUACAUUGCACAGACAACGUCCAUGUCUGUAUAUCAUAAUGUUGACCGUAGCUCUCUGUAUACCAAGGGGUGUAUUCUUAUCUGUCUGUAGGAAUACAUUUUUCCGACACAUUGUUUGACAAACUCGUACGUCCUACCUACUUGUCCUAAUUUACAGAAGCACAAAUAGCUCAAUUCCAGACAGCAUAAAACAAUAGAGGAAGUGAAAACAUUUAGUUUUCUUUUGUGUAUUAUCUUUUCCGGAGCAGUUCCUCUACAAAGGAUGAACUAAACUUGGAACUGUAUAACUGUAUAGGGGACAUGGAACGACAAGAGGCAAGCUUUACCUCAUUAACUUUGGGAUAGACCCACACAUAUACACACACACUAAUGUAUCUUCUUGCUGGGGUUUUUUUACCCCUUUUUAUCCCCAAUUUCGUGGUAUCCAAUUGGUAGUUACAAUCUUGUCCCAUCGCUGCAACUCCUGUACGGACUCGGGAGAGGUGACGGUCGAGAGACAUGCGUCCUCCGAAACACAACCCAAACAAGCCACACUGCUUCUUUGACACAAUGCCCACUUAACCCGGAAGCCAGUUGCACCAAUGUGUCGGAGGAAACACCGUACACCUGGUGAUCGUGUCAGCGUGCACUGCGCCCGGUCCGCCACAGGAGUCGCUAGUGCGUGAUGGGACAAGGACAUCCCUGCCGGCCAAAUCCUCCCCUAACCCGGACGACACUGGGCUAAUUGUGCGCUGCCCCAUGGGUCUCCCGGUUGCGGCCGGCUGCGACAGAGCCUGGACUCUAACCCAGAAUCUCUAGUGGCACAGCUAGCACUGCGAUGCAGUGCUUUAGACCACUGCGCCACUCGGGAGGCGUUCUUGAUGUUUUAGCGCCAUUUUGUAGCGAUCAUCAUUCACUACUACUACUACACGCGCUGCCCCAUGGGUCUCCUGUGCUCUAAACCAAAAUAAUACACUGCUCAAAGAAAUAAAGGGAACACUUAAACAACACAAUGUAACUCCAAGUCAAUCACACUUCUGUGAAAUCAAACUGUCCACUUAGGAAGCAACACUGAUUGACAAUAAAUUUCACAUGCUGUUGUGCAAAUGGAAUAGACAACAGGUGGAAAUUAUAGGCAAUUAGCAAGACACCCCCAAUAAAGGACUGGUUCUGCAGGAGGUGACCACAGACCACUUCUCAGUUCCUAUGCUUCCUGGCUGAUGUUUUGGUCACUUUUGAAUGCUGGUGGUGCUUUCACUCUAGUGGUAGCAUGAGACGGAGUCUACAACCCACACAAGUGGCUCAGGUAGUGCAGCUCAUCCAGGAUGGCACAUCAAUGCGAGCUGUGGCAAGAAGGUUUGCUGUGUCUGCCAGCGUAGUGUCCAGAGCAUGGAGGCGCUAUCAGGAGACGUGGAGGAGACCGUAGGAGGGCAACAACCCAGCAGCAGGACCGCUACCUCCGCCUUUGUGCAAGGAGGAGCAGGAGGAGCACUGUCAGAGCCCUGCAAAAUGACCUCCAGCAGGCCACAAAUGUGCAUGUGUCUGCUCAAACGGUCAGAAACAGACUCCAUGAGGGUGGUAUGAGGGCCCGACGUCCACAGGUGGGUUGUGCUUACAGCCCAACACCGUGCAGGACGUUUGGCAUUUGCCAGAGAACACCAAGAUCGGCUAAUUCGCCACUGGCGCCCUGUGCUCUUCACAGAUGAAAGCAGGUUCACACUGAGCACAUGUGACAGACGCCGUGGAGAACGUUCUGCUGCCUGCAACACCCUCCAGCAUGACCGGUUUGGCGGUGGGUCAGUCAUGGUGUGGGGUGGCAUUUCUUUGGGGGGCCGCACAGCCCUCCAUGGGCUUGCCAGAGGUAGCCUGACUGCCAUUAGGUACCGAGAUGAGAUCCUCAGACCCCUUGUGAGACCAUAUGCUGGUGCGGUUGGCCCUGGGUUCCUCCUAAUGCAAGACAAUGCUAGACCUCAUGUGGCUGGAGUGUGUCAGCAGUUCCUGCAAGAGGAAGGCAUUGAUGCUAUGGACUGGCCCGCCCGUUCCCCAGACCUGAAUCCAAUUGAGCACAUCUGGGACAACAUGUCUCGCUCCAUCCACCAACGCCACGUUGCACCACAGACUGUCCAGGAGUUAGCGGAUGCUUUAGUCCAUGUCUGGGAGGAGAUCCCUCAGGAGACCAUCCGCCACCUCAUCAGGAGCAUGCCCAGGGGUUGUAGGGAGGUCAUACAGGCACGUGGAGGCCACACACACUACUGAGCCUCAUUUUGACUUGUUUUAAGGACAUUACAUCAAAGUUGGAUCAGCCUGUAGUGUGGUUUUCCACUUUAAUUUUGAGUGUGACUCCAAAUCCAGACCCCCAUGGGUUGAUAAAUUUGAUUUCCAUUGAUAAUUUUUGUGUGAUUUUGUUGUCAGCACAUUCAACUAUGUAAAGAAACAAGUAUUUAAUAAGAAUAGUUCAUUCAUUCAGAUCUAGGAUGUGUUAUUUUAGUGUUCCCUUUAUUUUUUUGAGCAGUGUAUGUCAAUGAGGGAUGUCACUGGGCUCUAUAAUGUCGUUGUGCUUUAUAACAUACUAAAGCACAGUCAGGGCUCUCCCUCAGUCCACAGCACUGGGUUAACUUAACCUCCCUAUUACGUGUCCAUGACAAACAGGUCAGUGAUGUUCUUCAAUCUGAAUGAAUGUCUCCUUACUCUUCAACGUAUCAGGAUCUAUAUGAUCCAGGUUUUUAAGGGUAAAUAGCAGACCUGUGAAUUUGACUUAGAGACCAUGCGUCCAUUGAAAUGGUCUACAGGUGAUCAAUUGUUCAAUGAUUGAUAUUUGUCUGUACAUACAGUACAUUUUAUAAUUUUACUCAAUGAUAAGUUUAUUUAAUAUUUCUCACAAAUACUAUCAGUUUUGUAUAAAGUUUUGUACUGUAUUAACAAUUUGUUAUUCAGGUCCAAGACCAUCAGUUUUAUUUCUUCCCUUUUCACAAGGGACAUCCUUGCAUGAGGGUAUUCUAAAUAUGUCCUAAAAUGUACUGGUAUAAUUAUUUUUCUUGCAGCAUACUGUAUCUACAAGACUGACUCUUCAAAAUACUUAUUUGACACACAAAACAACAUUGUUUUCAUAAAUCGUUGUUCUGGAAUAUAAAAAUGUUCUUCCUUUUAAUAAAUGUAAACAUUGUUUUUGUAAUGCUGAUUUGACAAAUGUAUUUCUACACUGUAAAUACAACACAAAAUCGUUAUGUUUAAAGGGGUGGUGAAAUGUCAAAACCCUUUUAAUGUAUUAUUUGAUUGCCUAUCACUUAAUUGUUGCUCACGUUUUGUUUCUGAUCUGAUUCAUAUUUCCUUGUCUAUUUAUACUGUAUACAUUAUUCUUAAUGCCUUUAUUUAGUCUGAACAAUCAGUCAGUGGCACAGAUAUAGAUUAUGAUUACAUUUUUAUUUAAUUGUAUCCCUGAUUUUAACAAUCAAUUAUCAGCAUAUGUAUUUUUUAAUACUUUUUAAACAAACAAAAAAAUAUUGAUCCAUUGGCCUGCUGCUUGGAUGUUUAUAUACUUCCUAUAUGUAACAGAAAAUGUGUGGAAUGGACUUCCAUUUGUAUUGUUUUUGGUUCACCAAUAUGCUGACAAUAAUGUCCUAUAGAGCACAAAGCUUUGGAAGUCAGUCUUCUGUUGUCUUAACAGACUGAAAAUGCAUUGAAAACAGAUUGUACUGUGAUUGAACUUUUUCUUGUACAGCUGUAGCAAACUGUAAAUGUACAGGGGACACUGACCAAGCUGUAUGAUUAUACCUGUUGAGAAUGUACCUCUUUGAAUUGGUUCCUACCUUUUGUCUGUUUUAAAAGGGAAUGUUCAAAUGCCUUUUCGGUACUAAUAAACCCUUUUUUCUAUCUUUUAAAA